AUGAAGUUUCUUCUCCCCGUUCUUCUGGCUGCUCCCGCUGUCAUGGGUCGAGCUUGCAAGGCUCCGCAACCCAGUGCCGAUGCUGUUGCACCAGCCUACUCUGUUCCCGAGGAUGCGACUGUUGUGUCCAAGCACGUUGCUGAUAGUGCACCUGUAUACACCACUCUUGCGACUCAUGUAGCUGCUUCUAGUAAGCCUACUGAAGCUGCAGUCAAGCCUCAGGCCGUUUCAAAGGUCCAAACUGUUUCCAAAUCCAAGUCCAAGUCUAAGCCCAAGUCUCAAACCAAGCCCAAGUCUAAGCCCAAGGCCAAAUCUCAGACUACAACCAAGUCCCAGUCCAAGGCUAUUGGUAAUGGUGCAUCCGUCUCUGGCUCAUCUACCUUCUAUGGUGGCAACCUCUCUGGCGGAAACUGCAUGUUUACGACUUACACUCUCCCCGCUGGUAUCUUGGGAACUGCUUUCUCUGGUCAAAAGUGGGACAACAGUGCUAACUGUGGUGCCUGUAUCGAAGUCACCGGUCCUUCAGGAACCGUCAAGGCCAUGAUUGUCGACAAGUGUCCCGAGUGCGAACCCGGCCAUCUCGAUCUCUUCCCCGACGCCUUCAAGGCCGUCGGCGGCACAAACGGUAUCGUCAAGACCUCCUACAAGUUUGUCGAGUGUGGCAUUACUACUCCUCUUGUGCUUCACAACAAGUCUGGCACCUCUGCCAAUUGGUUCUCCAUCCAAGUCGUCAACGCCAACGAGCCUGUCAAGAAUGUCGAGGUAUCGAUCGACGGCGGUAAGACCUGGAAAGCAACUGAGCGCAAGGACUACAACUUCUUCGAGAACCCCUCUGGUUUCGGUAAGGAGUCUGUUGAUGUCAAGAUCACUAGCAGCACUGGCAAGACUGUCAUUGUUAACAAGGUUGGAGUUACUGCUGGUGCUCAGUACAAGGCCAAGUCUAACUUUUAG